AUGGGAAUUGACGCCGGGUUCGAUAUGGACCCUCCUUUGUCCAAAGGAGUUGUUGAUAAACAAAACUGGGGACGCUUCUUUAUCAACCUCAUCAAAGAGCAGUACAAAGAUGACGUCCAGGUCGAAAUAAUGCCGAAUUACAUCAACUUCAACGCAGGCGAGCAUCCUAAGCUUCCCUUUGAGGGUCACAAGUUUCUGCGGUUCAGUUCGAAAGUAUCCGGGGCCAUCGCAAGUAACUUAGGAGUAGAACGUUAUAUCAACACAGUCACACGUGUUGCAAAAGCCCAUUUUGGCCCGCGUGUUCAGUAUUGGCAUGAAGGUGCCGACCAAUACGGUAUUCAUGACUGGAAGAAAGUCAACGACUCGAUUCGGUCUUAUGAGCAGCCCGAUGUAUUCGAAACUCAAGAUAGCAUUAGACAACUUCUUAGUGAAACCGAUCCUGUCAAGGAGCAGGACAUUGCACUAUUUGAGGUUCAGGAUAUCCCCGGCAAAGGUAGAGGGUUAGUUGCCCGGUUCAACAUAUCUAAAGGCACUCGAAUCAUUUGCGAAAAGCCACUUCUCACAGCUGGACCUAUGCCGCCUAAUAAGCUGGAGUCAUUUCUCACGAAGGAGUUAAAGGAAAUGUCAAAAACAUCACAACGGCAGUUCCUUUCUCUUCACAACAACCACCGGGGCAAGAAUCUAUUCAGUGGCAUCUUCAGGACGAAUGCUCUGCCGUGUGGAUCGGGGUCGCGCAUUGGCGGCGUAUAUCCCACAGCGUGCUUCAUCAACCACAGCUGUAUCCCGAACGCUCACAACAACUGGAAUAGCGAACAGGAGCACGAAACCAUCCACGCCAUUCGACCAAUUGAGAGAGGAGCAUAG